AUGGACGAACCGAGCACUACUGAGAUAGUCGAAGGACGUUGCUACCGGGACCGGGCGGACAUAUUCCUCAUUUUGGACACUUGCGCUGCCAUGUUCAUUGAUCGCGAAGAGGACGGAAACUCGGCGUACAAUACGGCAAAAAGCUUUAUGCGUCAUUUUCUCGGAUACCUCGACGAAGUCUCCACAAGCACGGAGUACGUCCGGAUGGUGAUCUUACCAAAUAAUCAACCAACAAGUAUGUUCUUUUCCAGUACAUUGGCAAGAAGAGGUACAACUGGCACUACGAUCGUCUGCUUGAAGACCACGAACGCAUGUUCAAGGAUGUGACUGUUGAGCGCGAUCCCCUUUUCACCACAUGGACCCGUCGAUUCCACGCCGAUCACCCGAAAGCCGUCCGCUACGUCAUCCUCACACACCGCAGAAUGGUCAGUUUUUUGUUUUCCCACUGUUUGUUCCAAACAAAAGUUGCUUUUCAGGCCGUGCCGUAUGUGAUGAGGGACAGGUGCCUCGUCUUAAAUUUUUCGACUCCGAAACACUGGCAAAUCAAGCGUCAUAUCAACGCGGAGACGGCCUACCACCAAGUGUUUCACGGUGACGUGGCUGACGCCAGCCGGGCCGUAUACAUUACGAACUUUCUCCCCUAUCUCUUCACCAGUGUAACCGGCGGCCAUCCGAUUAUGGGAAAAGUUUGUUGGAAGCUUAUUGUUUUUGUGAGAACAGUGUUUUCAGUUUUUCGGCCGGAUGAAGCAAAACGCGAAAGAACCGGAAGAGCCAAAAACAGUCCCUGACGAAGAGAAUGAAAGCAAAGAGUCGGUGGAGACUCCUAUGAUAAUUACCGAAAUUGCCAUUAUCGGAAUUGGAAAGUGGUGGACGCACGAGUACAGAGAUCUGAUCGGCGACGGAGUGUUCAUGGGAUGGAAAGGCGAGUUCCAGACGGGAAUGAACGAGUUUGCGAAGCACGGAAACCUUUCGCUGAUCUGUGAAUAUCCAGUAGCAGACUCUGGCAACGAUGAAAAUGGUAACAACGUUUUGCAGAGUUAUCAGCGGAAAUUUUGAAUGUUUUCAGGGCACUUGGUGACACAUCAUAUCGAUGGUUUGAAAGAAGCCGCAAUGGCGCUUCGCAACGGCAGCGACGGUCAUUACUUUUUGUACGGAUGCGCUCAAGAUCAGAUCACCAAGCAGAAAAUGCUCGUUGCCUUCUGCCCAACUAGUCACUCGGAACACGGAUCCGCCGUUGAUUUGCUAGGGAACGAUGAUUGGCUUCACACACAGGACCAGUUAAAACAGUGGGACACGUGUAAAUCGAACGUGCACGGAUUCUUGAAGCUCAAUCGCUACCAAAGAUUCAAGCAUUACGACAAGGACGGCCGUCAAAACUGGUCGUUCGGCUACAAUUGUCUCCGAAUGUCAUUCGUGAGUUACAAGGCGUAUCCUUUCAAGAACUACAAUACUAUCAUUUCAGUACAAAUGGUACGAAGGUGAUGAAUGCCGACGAGACGGGUUCUACCCGAAUGCGACACUCUGCCUCAACAAGAACAUCACCUACUCUCGCUCGAUCUAUACCAACGGCCUUCUGAUGAAGGCCGUGGUAAUUUAUAUAUACAACUUACACAAUAGUGGACAGGUAUGGAACCUCGACUUAACCAAAACUUUGGAUUAAACUGAUGAUUUCUAGAAAUCGCACUUUUUUGCGUACGGCCGAACUAGCGGCGAGACCGACGAGGAGUACAAGAAGCAACUCGAGAAGUUGUGCCACGAGGUCCACCACAAGUUGAAAAAAGCCGGCGGCACGGGCAUUUUUGACCGGUGCCUCGACAGCACUCCGUUCUUCGACAGUAUAUACUGUCCACAUCAAAAUUGAUAGAUUCUGAUAUUUCACCAUGUGCUUUUUUAUGAGACCAUACCAUUUGUUUUAUUACCGACUUAUGGGGUUCUGUGGUAUAUAGACCUCCAUUUUGCUCCUUCCACAUCAAUCUCUCCCAUUCCCCCACACCCACACGGUUUCCUGUUUUUCUUCUCAUAUAUUUUUUUUCUUGUUCAUUCUGUUUCUCUCUUUUUCUUAUUAAUAAGCCCCCCCCCCAUCAUUCUCCCAAAACCGAUCUCACCGAUUGCACUUCUCAGAGCGUUAUAUUGAAUUCCCCUUUAGUUUAGAUAUUCCCCCCAAAUUUAAAUAAUCAAAAAGUAAUUGAAGGUUUAUCUGAAGCAUUUUUGAGUGUUCUUCAGCCGGUACUGUUGCCGUUCAAUUAUUGUUUCUUGAGUUCAAUCCUCCGAAUCAGACACGUUUUGCACUUUCAGCAGCAUCCGAAUGCGGUAAUCAUAUGCGCGUAACACUACGAUUCACUAUUCUUGCCGUCACGGCGAUGCUCUUCUUCCCAGUGCUCAUCUUCAUUUAUGCGGUUGAAGCCAACACGUCUGUUGGAGCGCAAUCCCAAGGUCAGUACAAUAUCACACAGGAACGUUUGUGACAAUGUUUGAUGUAUGCAGAAUAUGAACGAUCUUAUGGCGUGAUCUGUGAUGCUGGCUCGACGGGAACACGCGUGUUCGUUUACAACUGGAUUAGUUCUUCAGGUACAACCGAGGUGGACAAGUCAACAAAUAAAACAGACAUUCAGACUCCGAACUGAUUCAAAUCGAACCAGUCAUAUACGACAAUAAGCCAGUGAUGAAGAAAAUCAGUCCGGGCUUGAGUACAUUCGGGGUGAAACCGAGUGAAUCCGCCGAGUACCUGAGGCCCUUGAUGGAGCUGGCCGAACGACACAUUCCAGAGGACAAAGUACCCUACACACCGGUCUUUAUCUUCGCCACUGCGGGAAUGCGGUUACUGCCCAAUGAGUAAGUUGUCUUUCCCAUUAUCCUGAACAAUUUCGCGAGUUUCAGACAAAAAGAGGCGGUGAUCUCGAAUCUUCAAUCAGAAUUGCCAAAAAUCACGUCGAUGCAAGUGUUGAAGGAGCAUAUUAGAAUAAUUGAAGGCAAAUGGGAGGGAAUUUACAGUUGGAUUGCAGUCAAUUACGCACUUGGUAUCUUUUUUAGAGUGUAACAUACUCAGUUUUUUAUCGCAGGGAAGUUCAACAAGUCGGCACCGGCAAAUAUCCACUUCCCAGGAACUUCUCCUGGUCAUUUAAGGCACAAAACGGUCGGAAUGAUUGAUAUGGGCGGAGCGAGCGCUCAAAUCGCGUUCGAAAUGCCAGAGACUGAGGAUUUCACAAGUAUAAACGUGGAAAAUGUGAGAGAAUCGAUCGAUCGAUCGGAAGAGCAACACAAACUUUCAAUUUUUCAGAUAAAUCUUGGAUGUAGGGAAGAUGACACAAAUUUCAAAUACAAACUAUUCGUGACGACGUUUUUGGGAUAUGGAGUUAAUGAAGGUAGAACUAGGAAUAGAGGCCCAGUGCGUAUUGAUUAUUAAGGUAUCCGAAAAUACGAACAUUCUCUAACUUCACGGCUGAAAGAGCAGAAUGGAACGGUCAUUCAGGACGAUUGUAUGCCUCUGAACUUGCACAAAACGGUCACUUUAGAAAACGGAGAAAACUUUGUCCGCAGAGUAAGUUUGACAUUAAAUGAGCAAAUAGCAGAACAGAGCGUUUCCAGGGUACCGGUAAUUGGGGCUCGUGCGUUUCCGAAGUCACAAAGCUGCUAAAUCCAGAAACAAAAUCAGAGGUUUGUAAAGCGGAAGUAGCCAAGUGCUACUUUGGAGCAGUUCCCGCGCCCAAGGUCCCUCUGUCCGACGUGGAGAUUUACGGAUUCUCCGAGUACUGGUACUCGACACACGAUGUGCUCGGUCUCGGUGGACAGUACAAUGCUGAUUUGAUAUCAAAAAAGUCACAGCAGUAUUGUAGUCAGAGAUGGUCGACAAUUCAGGUGCGUUCCGUGUUUUAUUGUGAUCUAAUCAGAUAAAUGUUUUCAAGGCUGCAUUCAAAAAGAAUUUGUACCCGAGAGCAGACGAGGACCGGCUCAAGACACAGUGUUUCAAGUCGGCAUGGAUUACUUCCGUUCUACACGACGGAUUCUCGGUCGACAAGACACAAAACAAAUUCCAAGUAGGAAAAAACAUUUGACGGAAAGUUUCGAUCUUAUUUUCCAGAGUGUUUCCACAAUCGCCGGACAAGAAGUUCAAUGGGCACUCGGCGCGAUGAUCUACCACAUGCGCUUCUUCCCACUCCGCGACUCGAGCCGCAACCUGGUCGUCAAAGAGUGGGUGUCGGUGGUACGACCCGGAUAAAAACUUCUUCUUGGUAUUACAGAACUCACUCCGCCUCGGAGAGUUUAUGGGCGCCUCUAUUCUUCCUUUCCGCCGUCUUCCUUCUUUUUGUUUUGGUUUGCGCAAAAGAGCAGUCGGUGCUCUGUUUCGACGAUAAACGUCGCGCCUCUUUCGGGUUAUCACGCAGCCAGUAUUCGUACAAAAUGCUCAAAGAGAAUCGAACUUCUUCUUCAUUCCUCGAAAACUUUGCGUAG